AUGGAAGAAAAGAAUUUAUUAGAUAUAGGAACUCAAGCGCUACCUACAGAUGGUUUCCAAAAACACUAUUUUUCCCCUAACCUACAACAAGCAAAAUUGCAUGGAGUACAAUUUUUUCUGAUUAAAGAAAGUUUUCAAAUUGAUUCUUAAAGGUGUUAGUGUUGUAAUUCUCAUUUGAUUCAAGACUAUUUUAACUUAUUUUGCAAUAUUAAAGAAUUCAAACAUAAUCGGGCUGCAUAUUUAUACUUUUUACAACUCCAAUAGUUUAUAUUUCUAUUCUGCAUUUCAAGUGUUAUUUUUCUGCCUUAUGCUUUAUAUUUCAAUUCUCAAGGUGAUUAAUGUGAAAAAAUGAAAAAUUGCAUACCAAGCUAUUACAAUAAGUUCUCCAUAUGGAAUUAAACUUAAGAUUACUUUUAGUUGGAUGACUUUUAUUUAUAAACCUUUUACCUUCUAACAAUAUUUUUAAGCUCGAUAGGGGUUUAUCUAAUGAUAUUUGGAAAUCAAUACAAAUCCUUCCUUAGCAAUUCAUACUCGAGAGCCGUUCUUUUGUAAUCAGUAAUGACAAAUUGUGUUCAAAAUAAAGAAAUGGAAACAUUAUAAAAUCAUUCAUAUAUCAAGGUGCAUAGUUUAGAUAAAUUUUAAGAGUCUAUUUAAGUCCAAGCAGAAGGAAAUUACGUUUUUCUUAAUCUUGAUAAUUAAUGCCAUGUAUUAGAGAAAGCUAUAUUUUAAGAAAAAAUAAAUCCUUAACUAAUACAAUAAGGAACCAUAAUCAUCUUUCCUUCAGAAAACGAAAAAAUUUGCUUCUAAACAGAAAAUACUGAAAUUAUUGUACCAGAUGGAGUGCAAAGUUAUAUAACUUAAAAUCAUGCAAAAACUAUUUGGGAAGCCAUUCUAAAAAUAUUUGCAAUUGUCAUUUCUGCUUUAGUAACUAUUCUAUCUUUGGCAUUAAAUGUCUACAUAUAAGCAAAUUAUUUAAACUCAAAAUCUACUCUAGGAGAAGGAAAUUUCCUCAAAAUUCUGUUUUAAAUUCUAUUAUAUUUAUAAAUGCAUAUUUCAAGUAUGAUAGCCAAAAGGUUGCUUCAUCAUAACAAUUACCAGUAAAUAUAUUUCACUUUUCAAGUCAUUGGUUUUAAAAAUAUAAAUAGGUUAUUUUAUCCUACAACCAAUUAAGAAGCAUAUCUGUAAGAAAAUGGAAUUAUUGAUAAUCUAAUUGUACUUUGCUAUUUGAAUAUCCUUUUACCGAAUCUAAUUACAAUAUUUGACUUCAAAUAUCUAUCUAAGUAGUUUAACAAACUGUAUAUGAGAAGAUAUUAAAAGAACAAUUUAGCAUAAAUAGAAAUUAAUAAAUUUUUUGAAGCAAGACAAUUAUCUUUUGAAUAAAAAUAAUAUAACGUCUUCUAAAUCUGUUUAAUUGGGUAAAUAUUUAUUAUCGACUUACCUUUGAUUGCCCCUAUUAUCAUAAUAGCUCUUUGUACUAUAUAUUGGAUUGACAAAUUUAUUUUUGUUAAGAAUUGUAUUCCAUUCUAAAAUUCAUGGGGAGAUGAUAAUGCUUUAGAAAUAUAAAAGUAGUAGUUUUUACUCUUUUAUAUAAUGUAUUGUUUGUAAAAUUUUUUCUUUUUUAAUAACCCAAUAUUGAUCUUCGGAAUGCUAGGUUAUAUUAUACUCUUCAAAGUUUUGAUGACUCGAAAAUUGGAAAAAAAAAUAUUUCAAAAUAAAUAAAUUAUUAAACCAGAGAAAUUGAAAGAAUAUGCAUCAUAGUAUGAUCCAGUUCACACUUUAGACGAAACUUAACAUAUUAAACAUCAAUAUCUAUUUAAUACGUUCAAAAUCCUGAAAAAACAUCUAUAAAAAAAAUGUCGAACAGUAAGAACUUAGAUUUAGGAUUUAUCGGAUUGAAAUGUGUAAGUUGAUUAUAAUAAGCAUAUUAAUACUAAAUCAUAUCUAA